AAACCUCACUUCCGAUGUUGAGCUCGCUGUAAUUCCAGUCCAGUAUAUUCCUGUUAGACACUCUCAGAGGCGAGUGGGCUAUUGUUAGAAAUCAACAAAAUAUUGAUACAGUACUUGUACAUACGGUGAAAUUGUUACAGUUCUAUACUGCUAAACACUGCCAUGGAGACUUCUGGAGGUACUCACAAGAAAGCGAAACUGAACAACGCCGUGCAAAAUUGGGGAAUGCAAAGAGCUACUAACGUGACCUAUCAGGCACACCAUGUCAGCAGAAACAAACGUGGCCAAGUGGUGGGGACAAGAGGCGGAUUUCGUGGUUGUACAGUGUGGCUUACAGGUCUGUCUGGAGCAGGCAAGACCACGGUGAGCAUGGCUAUAGAGGAGUAUCUGGUUUGUCACGGCAUUCCCUGCUACACUCUGGAUGGCGACAAUAUCCGCCAAGGUCUGAACAAAAAUCUUGGCUUCACUCCAGAAGACAGAGAAGAAAAUAUCCGCCGGAUUGCUGAAGUGGCAAGGCUUUUUGCAGAUGCGGGUCUUGUUUGCAUUGCCAGUUUUAUUUCUCCGUAUAACAGGGACCGUGUGAAUGCCAGGAAGAUCCAUGAAGCCACAGGCCUGCCAUUCUUUGAGGUGUUUGUUGAUGCUCCAUUGGAUGUUUGUGAACAGAGGGAUGUCAAAGGAUUGUAUAAAAGAGCCAGAGCGGGAGAAAUAAGAGGAUUUACUGGCAUCGACUCAGAGUAUGAAAAGCCAGAAGCUCCAGAACUGGUGUUAAAGACGGAUUCCUCUAGUGUAAAUGAAUGUAUCCAACAGGUUAUUGACCUUUUGCAAGAAAAGGACAUUGUCCCAGUGGAUGCCUCGUAUGAAGUUAAAGAGCUGUAUGUGCCUGAGAACAAGCUGGACCUGGCAAAGACUGAUGCACAAACUUUACCAGCACUGGAGAUUAACAAGGUUGACAUGCAGUGGGUUCAGGUUCUGGCAGAAGGCUGGGCCACUCCACUGAAUGGCUUCAUGAGAGAAAGGGAAUACCUUCAGUGUCUCCAUUUCGACUGCAUCUUGGACGGAGGAGUCAUUAACUUAUCGGUGCCAAUCGUACUACCUGUGACAAGCGAGGACAAAGAGAAGCUGGAUGGCUGCACUGCCUUUGCUCUGGCCUACGAGGGGUGCCGGGUGGCCAUUCUCCGCAACCCUGAGUUUUACGAGCACAGGAAAGAGGAACGUUGUGCGAGGCAGUGGGGGACAACGUGCAAAGAACACCCAUACAUCAAGAUGGUAAUGGAGAGUGGAGACUGGCUUGUUGGUGGUGAUCUUCAAGUUCUAGAUCGAAUCUAUUGGCAUGAUGGUCUCGACCAGUAUCGUCUCACUCCUGCUGAACUGAAGCACAAAUUCAAGGAGCUGAAAGCUGAUGCUGUGUUUGCAUUCCAGCUACGUAACCCUGUACACAAUGGACAUGCCUUGUUGAUGCAGGACACCCACAAACGGCUAAUUGAUCUCGGCUACAGGCGCCCAGUCCUUCUGCUCCAUCCUCUUGGCGGCUGGACCAAGGAUGACGAUGUUCCACUUCCAUGGCGUAUGAAGCAACAUGCAGCAGUGCUGGAGGAAGGCAUUCUUAACCCAGAGAAUACCGUAGUGGCUAUUUUCCCAUCUCCCAUGAUGUACGCUGGGCCAACUGAGGUGCAGUGGCAUUGUAGAGCUCGCAUGGUUACUGGAGCAAACUUCUAUAUUGUUGGCCGUGACCCGGCUGGAAUGCCUCACCCUGAAACUGGGAGAGACCUGUACGAGCCAACACAUGGUGCUAAAGUGCUGACAAUGGCCCCCGGCCUGAUUACUUUGGAAAUCGUUCCUUUCAAGGUUGCAGCUUAUAACAAGAAAAAACAGUGCAUGGAUUUUUAUGACCCUAAAAACCAUGAAGAUUUUGACUUCAUCUCUGGAACACGUAUGCGUAAAAUGGCACGCGAGGGUCAGAAUCCACCAGCGGGUUUCAUGGCACCCAAAGCCUGGGCUGUGCUAGCUGAAUAUUAUAACACUUUACAGAAAGCUUAAGUUUUAUUAAGUGCAGAACAAUCUUUUAACUGUUAAUGUAUUUUGCGGGGACCACACAAUUACUAUUCCCACUACUUUGUUGUGGUGUGUCAGGAAGUAGUUUCCCAAAUGCAGACCCUUGCUUUUAAAUCUAUCGAUGUCUUAUGGGCUCUAUUAUAUGUUGGCACCUAACAAAGUAGUGUUUUUAUGGGUGUGUUUUAAUAUGGCUGCAAAAUGGUCUACCUUUCUGUUACAAUACUGUAUAAAAAUGAAAACUGAUCCAAUAAUUAACUUUUUAAAAUGAGAUAUGCAGCUGUAAUAUUUCUCCACUAAAAUAGCUUUACUAUUUGGGGGGAUAUAUAGCCUAACAAAUUUUCUGUCAAUUGCCUCAAUUUCCUAGUCAUUUAAAAAAUUAAAGACAAAGUGUAUAGUUUUAAUAAAUUGUAAUCAUGUUAAAGUUACAUAACUAAAUACAUCACAUAUCUAAUCAAGGCCCUUUUAAGCUUUGAAACCCAUGCCUAAUGCAAGCAUUUUUUUGUCUUUUUAUUCCUUUUAUUUUCUUAAUAUUUUAAGCUCAAGUUAAAUGUCUACAAUUUUGUCUUUUUUUUUUUUUUUUUUUUUUAUGUUUAACUUAAGAAAAUUAAACACUUGUCUAGAGUCCAGGAAAAAUAAAUAAGAUCCUAUUCAUACAAGAUACCAUAUUACAACAGGUCAACAAUAAAUAACCUGAGUGACUUAUUUUGUAACCUUAUUGUACGUCUAACAGUGUGACAAUAAAUAUCUAUAUUAACAUUAUU